AUGCCUCCACGCAACCGCACCCAGCAGGGCGGCACCUCGUCGCCCGCCGCCGCGCCCGCAUCCGCCGCCGACCCGACUGCCUCCGUCUCCAGCGCCGCCUCGCACACGACCAAAUCCAGCACCGCGACCAGCGCCACCGGCUCCGUUGGCUCGUCGUCCAAGGUCAAUUCCAACGACGCCCAGGCCAUCGUCAACAGCGUGUGGAGGAACUACGUCAACAAGACGGACCAGCGCACCAAGAUCCUCGACACCUUUAUGGUCUUCCUCGUCGUCGUCGGCGCCCUGCAGUUCCUCUACUGCGUCGUCGGCGGUAACUUUCCCUUCAACGCCUUCCUUUCCGGCUUCAGCGCCACCGUCGGCCAGUUCGUCCUCACCGCGAGCUUGCGCAUGCAGACCAACCCGGAGAACAAGAAGGAGUUCGGAAGCAUUUCUCACGAGCGCGCGUUUGCAGACUACGUCUUCGGAAGCUUCAUCCUGCAUUUCUUCUGCGUCAACUUCAUCAACUAG